AUGAACCACGGCAAGGUGGUGUAUAAGAAGCAGGAACGAUCUCGAGGCCUCGAUGUGCUCAUCUACUACUGGGAUGAUCGGGAUGGUCCAGAGCUCUGUGGUUGGUGGUUUGGGCCCAAUGUGGGUGGCGACCAGGUAUGGGCCUAUCAUCCCAGUCGCACGGCCAGCACACCCCCGGCCUCUGAGUGGAACGUCCCGCAUGAUGGGCCCAUCGACCCCAGCUUCAGCGUCUCAAUGCGUUGGGCAGCCUACAUCGGUCAGUUGGGUGGUUUCCUUUGA